UACAUAUUUAUAUGUUGCAAAUAAAUCUGAUUUGUUGAUCUAGAAAAAUUUUGCUAUAAAUUAUGCGCACAGAAUCGUAAUUGAUAUCAGUUAACUCACAGCAGUCAAUUAACAACCAACUACCUCAAAAUGAAAUUCAUCAUCUGCUUCGCACUCCUCUUCGCCGUCGCUCAGGCCAAUCCCGGUUUGGUGGCUCCUUUGACUUACUCCGCCGCUGCUGUGCCCGCCUAUGCCACCUACGCCGCCGCUCCUUAUGCUGCCGCCCCCUAUGCCGCUUACUCCACUUAUGCCGCUCCCGCUGUAGCCACCUACUCUCAUGCCGCUUACUCUGCCCCAGCUGUGGCCACUUACUCGCAUGUUGCCGCUGCUCCUGCUGUCUACGGUGCUCCAGUUGCACGUGUAGCUGCUGUAGCUCCAGUCACCUACUCCGCCCCCUUGGUAUCUACUUUGUUGAAGAAGAAGUAAAGCGUUUAUUAUCUGAUAAAUAUGAUAUGAAAGUAAGAAAUGGAAUGUUGAUGGACCGAAUAAAAGUUUAGAUGCAAUAGAAA